CGUUAGCAUUUUAGGAGGGAAGGAAAAUAUUCAAGAGUCUGUAGAGGUAUUAACAGGAAUCGUAAUUUGGCUGUUGGCUGCAUUAUUAUCGAACUUUUGACCUUGAGAAUACGUUUAGGAUACCACCAAUAGUGUUGAAAUUUGUAAUCUGCCAAAGACAUGGCAGAGGGGUCGCAGGACGGACUCAAUUUACACAUGCCAAAAAAGUUCACUUUAGGCCAUGAGAUGAAUGCAGGGGCCCCCUGCCUACAGUGCGGCCCCGUGAAAUGUGAAGGAGGAUUGGACCUCCAUUUCUGGAGAAAAAUCUGUAAGACUUGCAAAUGUAAACCAGAAGAACAUGAUAUUAAGAGUGUGGAGGAGGCUGCCCAUAAACUGGUUGUACACAGCUUAUUUUCUAAAGACUCUCCUGUGGGACACAUCCGCGACUACUUCCGUAAAUUGGAGGAUGCCAACAAGAACAGGGGCCAGCAGUCAGAGUAUGCCAAGCAAUAUGCCUGGGUUCCACCAGGUCUGCAGCAGGGUGUAUUAAUGAAGUACAUGGAGUCACUGCCUCCAGCGGUUAAACCUAAAGUUGGUAGUGAAGGUGCAAAGUAUCGCCGCAAACAGAUGAUGUACCAGCUUCCUAUUCAUGACCAUGAUCCAGAAUAUUGCGAUAGUUUGACUGAAGGAGAGAAAGCUAGCAUGAGGCAGUUCUGUGAGGAUAGAAACCAGAAUGCUCUUGGGGUUGGUGAUGUGCGAGAAAAGACCAACCCUGUAUCCAAGUGGACUUGUUACAGAUGUGGUGGCAAUAUCAAUUUAGGGGAAAUAGCUGUUUUUGCAUCUCGUGCUGGAGAGAACAAAUGCUGGCAUCCAGGGUGCUUUGUGUGUACAAUCUGCAACAAUCUGUUGGUGGAUUUGAUUUAUUUCUUCAAGGAAGGAGCUAUCUACUGUGGAAGGCACUAUGCUGAGCUGUACAAGCCUCGCUGUGCUGCCUGUGAUGAACUGAUCUUUAGCCGUGAGUACACCCAAGCAGAGGAACGAAAUUGGCACCGGAAGCAUUUCUGUUGUUAUGAGUGUGACUUGGAUCUGGGAGGUCUCCUGUAUGUUGCACGUGACGGCCAUCCACAUUGCAUGCAGUGCUACAACCGACUGUACGCUAGGAAGUGCUUUGAAUGCCGGGAAAUUAUCAACGCUGAUGCGCAGAGGAUAGAGUACGAGGGCGAUUUUUGGCACGCGACAGACUGGUGCUUUAAGUGUGGCAUGUGCAGGAGAUCGCUCAUCGGAAAGCAGUUCCUUCGUCAUCCUAGAAAGAAUCAGAUCUUUUGCUCUACGGAGUGUGCCAAAAGGUACUGAAGACACUCGGUUACAAUGACCAAGCUAGUGACAAGAAGCUCUACUUUUAACAAACACAUUUUUAGCCACUUGAAGUUUAAGUUCUGUUGCUUGUGCCGCCUGAUUUCAUCGAGCACUCAAAAAACCGCCCUGUACUGAGGUUAAAUUUAGAUUCAAGAAAGAUGUUGUUAGAGUUUUGUUAAGUUGUCAUAUAGCGCGGGACGAAGGAGUUCAGAUGUUGAACGAAAAAAUUGGUGUCAUUUUGCAACUAAGAAAAGAAAGUUUCUUUCAGGGUUCAAAGCUUUUUAACUGUUAUUGAAAUUUUGAUUAGAAGGGAUGAUCCGACUUCCGUGUAGUCAUUUUAGUUAACAGAACACUCUUUGGAUUUGCCAAUUUGACUAAACCCUAUCAAGAAACCCUAAAUGUCCUCAUAAAAACUGAAGGGAAAUACCAUGUUUGCUAAGUUAUUAAUCAUUUCUGCUUCGUUUUAUUUCUUACGAUUUGAACGCAAAACGAAGUAAAUUUCUCGUUGGGCGAAAUCAAAGUCAGCCGUUGGGUGUGCACACGAAUUACCCGAUACGCCAAGAAUAUUAUAUUAAGGAGACUUCCGAACGAGGCACGAUAGAAUCUUGCGAAACCUGCCAGCUUACAGUGGUUUGAUUUUCGCUUUUCUUAGGUAGGACAAAGCAUCAAACGUUUUUUUUUUCUGAGCAAUGUUUUUAGGUUUCUUCCAAUUCAUAUCCUAAGUUAAUGCCACCACGCGAGUAUGGUCGCAUCAUUGUAUGGUGGCUGUCGUAUUAUACUAGCAGGUGUUACAACUAUGAAACUUUUCUGACCGUUGUUGAAUUUACUUUAUCUGGAAUGUUGUCCAAAACAGAAAUAAACAUGGGAAUAUUACUAUA